CCCGGGACGCGACCAUGUCGACCGAAGCGAACGCGUCUUCGCAGUCGCAGCCGGCGAGCAAGCGAUGGUCCUACUUCCACUCUGCCCUACAACUAGCCAUACAGCGGGCCGCGCACAAAUGGACGUACGAGGAUUUCACGGAAUGCUUCGCGAUCUGGUGCGAAGAGCAGCCGGAGAAUGCUCCGCGCAUCUUCACAACGGUCUCGAGGCACAUGGAGGACUCAAUCACUGAAAGCUGCGAGCAACUGCUGAAGCAGUACAACGUCCGGGAGAACCUCGACAGCCUGCACGCGGUCGUGACAGAGUCUCGUGCGAAGAAACAAGCUGGAUAUGACGGGAGGGACGUAUGGCGAGAAGACCUUCACCCCAGCGCAGCUGUCCGCGCACGCACUAUUCCCCUGCUGGACAAGGAGCGGGACCGUCUCCGUGCUGAACUGCAAUCACUCGAUACGGAGAACAGGCGGCUGCAAAGCCAGAUGCAGAGGAACAUGCAGGCACGUGAAGAGGUUGACACAGAGGUGUCGCAAUUACUAGAUUUGUUAGCAGAGAUCCAGGCAAGAUGGGACCAGCUUCCCAUGGAGGAGAUCCAAUCUUGGGCUCUGCAGACCGCGGAGUCCGUGAGUACCACUCGUCCCUUGUGACUGUACGUUAUUGGUCGUUUUUUAUAGUGGUCCUUUAUACUGUACCUGUGGAGAUGUAUAACAUCGGUCGUCUAGAUCGGCCGAUCCCUAGUCAGUCACAGCUAGCGUAUCAACGGUGCGUUUCUGGGCUCUGACUGAGUAUUCUGUCGGGCCGCGUCGAUCGCAGACAGUAUGAUUGACGAGACUGACACCAGUGCUGGUGGUAAAAAUGACAGUGAUUCGAGAGUUCGUGAUUUGAUGGGACA